UUACCUGCACCACCAGAAAUGAAUGUUUCUACAGGAAGAAGAAUGUGACAAUGAAGAGCUAGAUUUAUAAGCACAAAAGAGGUUUGAUGAUUUUUCUGGUUGAAGAAAGAUCAUGGCUUCAGGUUUUGAGAUUUUCUUCCACAGGAUCUUCAUCAUUGUCUUCAUCAUUUUGAGUGUUGUAUCAUUGCAGAGCUCCCACAAGUUGAGGGUUCAUGGCCUACAAGAAGUUGACAAAGUUUCUGGUGAAGAUGAGAAUGAGCAAAAGGAGGGUUUGAUUGUGCAAAAGUUUAGAGCUUUACUUGGACUGAAAAGGUUCAAAACUCAAAUUAGGCCAUCUGGAGAUGGUAAUUCUGAAGAUGUUUCUGUUUCUCCAUCACCUUCUCCUUUGCCUGCCAUUGAAGCUGAGACCCCUACUCCUGCUCCUCCAUUUCAUGUUCAUCCUCAUCAUCUAUCUCCAACAUUAAAUCCCAUUCCGCUUCGCCACAAGAUUCAGGAAGAAACUUCACAUAAAGAGAAAGUUAGAAGAGUUUUAGUACCAGUUCUUGUUUCUGGAGGAGCUGUGUUCUUAAUAUCUUCUCUGGGGCUCUUUUGGUUCUGUUGCAAAUUCAGAAAAAAUCACAAGAAGUCUGCAAGAAAAAUGUCGGUGUUCGCUAAAGAAGGAAGAAUCAAAGGUAAAUCUAAGUAUGUGAGUUCUCAGAAUUCAACAAAUAAGGUAACCUUAAAUCCUGGACUUGAUCUCUUUUAUCUUAACUCAUUAGACAUUGAUUUAGAGCAACAAUCUUCUUGUGUAAAAAAAGUUGAAGAUGAAAAUAUUAUCUCAACUUCAAGUUGUCCAUUGCAAGAGAGGGAGGAAGCAAACCAAGAAAGAAAUAAAUCAGAAUCAGAUAAUGCUAGUAGUUCUUCCACUAGGGAGAUCAAAUCUGUUCAUGAAGAUGUGGAUUCAAUCAAGUAUGAUUCUGAUGGUGGGAACUCUUCUUCUGGUGAUAAAGUUAUUCCUAUCGAAUCCGGUUCGUCUGAUGAUGAAUCUUUUCAUUCUUUUGUUGAUUCACAUUCAUCGAAUAUCCGCCUUUCGAAUGCUUCAGCUGGUAGUCUCAGUGAUACAGCAGAGAUUUCUUCCCCAAAUGUGGCAAAUAUAUCACAAUCUGAUCAGCCUCUUCCAACAAAUUGCAUCAGAAAUUCAGCUUUAAAUUUACCUAAGGAAACUCACCAAACUCUCAGCAAUCACAAAGAGGAAAAUCUGGCAGCUAGAAGCUCUCUAGAUUCACAUGAGAACUUCAAGCCCUCGCCUGCGCCCCCUCCGCCUCCACUUCCACCACCUUUGCCUCCAAUUCUGGGCUUAUCUCAAUUACAUUCAUUUUCUUGGUCGACUAAACUGGGAUCAAAAGCUUCUAGCUCUUCUACAUUGCCAAAUUUGUCAUCUCCAAAGCCUUUAGGAUCCUCUUCAACAUCAAACCAAACUCCACAGGGUGACUUGCUUUCACCUCGAAAGUCUUCACCAGGUAUUCCUCCACCUCCAUGCCCACCUCCACUUCUGAAACCAAAUAAUAGCUCUUUGCAAGGGCCACCUCCGCCCCCAUCUCUACUUCCUCAAUUUAUGCCGACGGGAAAAGAUGGAACCCCUCUUCCGAAAUUGAAGCCACUUCACUGGGACAAAGUUAGAGCUACACCUGACCAGUCCAUGGUCUGGGACAAGCUGAGAUCAAGCUCAUUUGAACUGGAUGAAGAGAUGAUUGAGUCACUUUUUGGAUACAAUAUACAAAGUUCAAUGAAGAGUGAUGAAACAAAAAGCAAAACCCCUUCUCCCAGCAAGCAUGUUCUUGAACCCAAGAGGCUACAGAACAUUACCAUUCUCUCAAAAGCCUUGAAUGUGACCGCGGAGCAAGUCUGUUCGGCACUGAUGAAAGGGGAUGGCUUGUCUUUACAACAACUUGAGGCACUGGUGAGAAUGUUGCCAACAAAGGAAGAAGAGGACAAGCUAUCAAGCUAUAAAGGAGACAUCAAUGAACUGGGAUCAGCUGAGAAAUUUGUCAAAGUAAUACUCAGCAUCCCCUUCGCCUUUCAACGCGCUGAAGUCAUGCUUUACCGCGAAACUUUUGAAGACGAAGUUGUUGAUCUUCGGAACUCCUUUUCAAUGCUAGAGGAGGCCUGCAAGGAACUCAGAUCAAGCAGGCUGUUCUUGAAGCUACUUGAAGCUGUGCUCAAAACAGGCAACCGAAUGAAUGUUGGAACAAUCAGAGGAGGAGCUAAAGCAUUCAAGCUCGACGCACUUCUCAAGCUUGCUGAUGUGAAAGGAACUGAUGGCAAAACUACAUUGCUUCAUUUUGUUGUGCAAGAAAUUAUCCGAUCAGAAGGAAUCAGAGUUUCGGAUAGCAUAAUGGGGAAGAUCAAUCAGAGAAACAAAACGAAGACCGUAGAAGAGAGGGAAGAAGAUUACAGAAGAAUGGGGCUAGACCUUGUUUCAGGUUUAAGCACUGAACUUUACAAUGUCAAGAAGACUGCCACCAUUGAUCUCGAUGUUCUCGCAAGCUCAGUCUCAAACUUAUCAGAAGGAAUGAAUAAACUGCAACAUUUGGUACAGAACAACCUGUCUUUGGAUGACAAAAGUGGCAACUUUGUGCACUCAAUGAAUGCAUUCUUGAUGUAUGCAAAGAGGAACAUAAAGGCAUUGCAAGAAGAUGAGAGUAGAGUGAUGUUACAUGUGAAAGAAAUCACAGAGUACUUUCAUGGGAAUGUGGGCAAAGAUGAAGCUAAUCCUCUCAGGAUAUUCGUGAUUGUGAGAGAUUUUCUGGGUAUGUUAGAUCAUGUUUGUAAAGAGCUCAGAAACUUGAAAGUUCCCAGCAGUCCAAACCCUUUGGCUCCAUUCAAGUAGAUUAGUUUGCCUGGUGUGCUUGUGGAAUUCUUCAUAAUUUGAUCAUAGAAUGUAAAAGUUUUUGAGUGUUUAGUUUGAAUUGGGUUGAUCCCAAUUAGGGUUUUGUGAUUCAACAUUGUAAUUUUGCAUAAAAAGAAAUUGUAUUAACCCUUUGUAAGUUGUAACUCUUCA